AUGGCGGAUCAGAAUGCGAUGACGGUACGAAAUUCCUGGGUGCCAACCUGCCUAUGGCAACCUAGAAUACUCCAGGGCAGGCUCGCAAAAUCUUCACCUACCCUCUGGGACAGCACGCUGCAAGAACAGAAGGGGGAACUGCGCAAGCGUCUCUCCUACACAGCCCACAAACUGGAAAUGCUUGAAACAGAAUUUGAUUCUACACGCCAGUAUCUUGAAGUAGAACUGAGACGCGCUCAGGAAGAACUUGAAAAAGUGACGGAAAAACUGAGACGGAUACAAAACAAUUACCUAGCCUUACAAAGAAUUAAUCAAGAUCUCGAAGACAAACUGUACAGGAUGGGUCAACAUUAUGAAGAGGAAAAAAGAGCUUUAAGCCACGAAAUAAUGGCCCUCAAUAACCACUUAAUAGAAGCCAAGGUGACAAUUGAUAAAUUGUCCGAAGAUAAUGAGAUCUAUAGAAAGGAUUGCAAUUUAGCUGCCCAGCUGCUCCAAUGUAGCAAGAAUUACGACAGGGCGCAUAAGCUUUCCGAGCUACCGACUGAAUUUCAGGAACGCGUGAGCAUCCACCUGGAGAAGCACGGGUGCAGCCUUUCAGUACCUCUAUGUCACACAUCAUUCGCGGACAACAUCCCAACUUGCGUCAUCGCUAAAGUGCUAGAAAAGCCUGACCCAAACAGCCUGUCGUCACGCUUGUCGAGCCCGUCUGCUAGAGACAUGGCCUUCCAGGACUCAAUGGGAAAGCUUGGUCCGAGGCCACAGUAUAAGUCUGACAUCUACUGCAGCGAUACAGCCCUUUACUGCCCUGAUGAGAGGAGAAGGGAAAGGAGACAGAGUGUCGAUAUGCAGGUUAAAGACGUUGGCUUUUUGAGGUCCCAGAACUCCACGGACAGCACUGUGGAAGAAGACGGCUUCCAUUCCAGCUUCUCUCACGAAGCUUUCCCAGAAUACGUUACCUCUCUACCUACAUCUAGCUCCUACUCCAGCUUCAGCGUAACGUCGGAGGAGAAGGAGAAUGCCCAGGCCAGCACGCUGACUGCCUCCCAGCAGGCGAUUUAUAUGAGCAGCCGUGACGAGAUGUUCGAAAGAAAGCCAUCUUCAGGUUACGACCACCAGGGGAGUCCGCGGUUCGCCAAGUCGAAAUCCGUUCAGCACAUGGAGCUGGCAGAUGAUAACGAGGACUCCCCAACCUUCACCAGGACUAUGUCGCCUUACUCAAGUGAGCCUUAUCAUUUCUCGGCCAUAACCACUCAGCAAGCUCAGAAAAUGCGUAGCGAGUGCAGGAACACCCACCUGUCCGAAGAGGACCUGCCAGGACGGUGGAGGCAGCUGAGCGUUGAGGAUAUCGGGGCGUAUUCUUACAGAAACAGUGGCAGGCUUUCGCCCUGCAGCUUUUCAGAGCAGUAUUAUAGGAGCCCCAUAAAGAAAGCAGACAGCCGGUCGAGUCCCAUUUAUGCUAGUUACAAAGCGGAUAGCUUCUUGGAAGGAGACGAGCUUUGUCAAAGCAGACUUGUGGAUUCUUGCUUCCUGAGAACAGACAGUGGUUUGAAUAUUGACAUCAGUGCUAGUUGUAAACAGGACAAGCUGGCUUCGUACAAAACAAAAGAAUCGAGAGACAAAAAAAACGAAAGGAUCACAGUCCAGGUGUGCAGUAGCAAAAGCAUGGAAGGCAGCCCGGUCUUGAAAAGAGAAUAUGUUGAUGUUAGUCCAAACAGUUCAGCCGAGUCCCUCAAUCAGAGUUCUAUGGAGGCAUCAGAGAUCCAUCAGUCUUCCAUCGAUCAAGGAAGCCAUUCAAGCCUUCAUAGCAAACAGCAGCAAUUCCAACGGACUGGAAGUACUGGCUUGAGUCGGAAGGAUAGUCUCACAAAAGCACAACUGUAUGGGACUCUCCUAAAUUAA